AUGGUUAGGAAGCUAGAGAAGACUUCUAAAGAGGAGUUUCCAUCAUUCAUCUUCUCUCUUCCGCCUCCAAACCCCUUCUCCCGCCAACUCUUUCACCCGAAGCAACUCAUCUCUGACAAGGAAGACGCCGCCAACAACUUUUCCCGAGGCCACUACACAGUCAGCAAGGAGAUCGUAGAUCUGUGCCUAAAUCACAUCCGCAAGCUCGCUAACAACUGCACCGGCCUCCAGGGCUUCCUCGUCUUCAAUGUCAUGGGCGGCGGCACCAGGUCUGGCCUCGGCUCCCUCCUGCUCAAGUGUCUCUCCGUGGAUUACGGUAAAAAAUCCAAACUGGGCUUCACCAUUUACCCUUCCCCUCAGGUCUCAACUGCCGUGGUGGAACCCUACAAUAACGUCCUCUCCACCCACUCCCUCCUCGAACACACCGACGUUGCCGUCCUCCUCGACAACGAAGCCAUCUACGACAUCUGUCGGAGAUCCCUCGACAUCGAGAGACCCACCUACACCAUCUGUUCUGGUAAGACUGGAGCUUUUGCCCUUCCCAUAUUGCAUGCUCUCUUAGAAGAACCACGCCCAAAUAAUUUCUUUGCUUGUGUGUUGUCUCCCACCAGAGAGCUUGCUAUUCAAAUUGCUGACCAGUUUGAAGCUCUAGGUUCUGAAAUUGGUGUCAAGUGUGCUAUGCUUGUUGGAGGAAUUGACAUGGUACAACAAUCCAUCAAGAUAGCAAAGCAACCUCACAUUAUUGUAAGUGUUACUGUUGCUGAUAAGAAUGUUUUGAUUUCAUUUGUUUCUUUAAUUCAAUAG